CAAGCGUUCCCUGUGCCGCUGCUGCUGAGAAGACCGGCCGUCCCCGGCAGCCCCGCGUGCGGCGCACCUCUUCGCUGGACACCAUCGUGGGCUCCUACCUGUUGGGACAGUGGCCACGGGAUGCUGAAGGAGCUUCUGCUUCGUGCAUGAAUGACAAAGCUACCCAGACUCCAGUGUCCUGGCAUGACGCGGAAGUGGGGAAAGCCAGCUCCAGUGCUCACAAGCGUUCUGCUUCUUGGGGUAGCACAGAUCACCGCAGAGAGAUUGCCAAACUGAAGCAGCAGCUCCAGCGAACAAAGCUAAAUGGCAGAAGCGGCAAAGAGAAAGAGAAGAGCUCCCCGCUCCAGGGGGACCAUGCUGUCCUCGGAUCGCUCAGGGACUCUCCUUCAGGCUUCCUUUCGCCGGCUCCCGUUUUGAGGCUCAGCCCCUGCUUGCACAGGAGCCUGGAAGGGCUAAACCAGGAGCUGGAGGAAGUGUUUGUGAAGGAACAGGGAGAUGAAGAGCUUCUGCGGAUCCUGGAUGUCCCAGACGGCCACAGGGCACCAGCGCCUGCCCAGAGAGGCUCUGGAGACACGUCCCUGGCUCUGGAGCCCAGCAGCAGCAGCUGGGAGGGCAGCCCUUCGCCAGUCCCAGCCUUCGCUUCUUCUCCUCGCCCCAACCACAGCUACGUGUUUAAACGGGAACCUCCCGAGGGAUGCGAGAGGGUCCGGGCCUUCGAAGAAGCUCCCUCUCCUGGCCCCGAUCAGACUUUCCAGCCUUCCUGCCCAGAUAAGAACAAAGUGCACUUCAACCCCACCGGUUCUGCCUUCUGCCCCGUCAGCCUGGUGAAGCCUCUCUUCCCAAACGUGGGUUUUCUCUUCAGGGGUUUUCCAGCUGCUUCCAGCCCUGGCACCGGCACGUUUCCACCCUGCCAGCCCCCAGCCCCCAGCCCGUUCCUGGGGGUGCGGAAGGACGCUGCAGCAGACAGCUUCAGCGAGGUGUCCAAGUCUCCGUCACUGAGUUACGAACACUGGAAGCACGGCCAGCCCGAGGAGAGCGUCUUUCUGGUGGUGUGA